UUGAAUGGAUCCCAGCCCUUUCCCCGAAGCUUCCAUAAAGAUAAUCUAGAAGUUGAAUUCUUCUCUUUCCCUGUUGAUCAAUGACUUGGAGACGACUUCUUCAUGGUUUUUCUUACAAUUCCGUGAUUCCGUCGUUGGAAUUAUCACUGAUCAACUGAACCCCAUUUUCUUCACAGCUUAACCUGCCAAGAUUCGUCUCUAAUCGGGAGAUCGAUGGCUGCAGCAUCUUCUUCUUGUCAAGGGAGUUACGAUGUUUUCUUGAAUUUUAGGGGAAAAGACACCCGCAACGGCUUCACCGCUCACCUUUAUGAAGCCCUGUGCAAUAAAGAAAUCCGGACUUUCAUGGAUGCCGACAAGAUUGUCAAAGGCGAGGAAAUAUCGGCAUCACUUGUUACAGCAAUGGACAAGUCCAUGUUUUGCAUUGUUGUUUUGUCCAAAAACUAUGCUUCUUCCACAUGGUGUUUGGACGAGCUUGUUCAGAUCCUCAAGUGCAAAAAUGCCAAAAAACAAACAGUUUUGCCCAUCUUCUACAAUGUGAAUCCUUCUGAUGUACGAGAACAGAAAGGGAGUUUUGCAAAAGCCUUCGCUAAACUUGAAGAGAAGUACAAGGAGAAGAUGGAGAGGGUGCACAUAUGGAAGCAGGCUCUCACUGAAGUCGCUAAUAUAUCUGGCUGGGAUGCCAGAAACAGACACGAGCCCAUGCUUACCAAGGAAAUUAUUCAAUACAUUUCAAAUGCAUUGAUUAAUAGAUCUUCAAAAGAUGUCGAGGCCAUAGUAAGAGUAGAUUCUCAUUUACAGGUAAAGGAGCGAAUUCCGGUGCUCAAUAUUCCUACUGUACCAAGUAUUGGGGAAAGGAGCGAAAUCCCAGUUACGAGCAAAAGGAAAAUCAAUCGAGUGAGAGAAACAGACAUCAGAGGGUCAAGAGAUGCCAUUGAAGUAUACUCCUUAGAGAUAAUGGAUUCCGAUAUUUCUACUUCGUUGACUGUUGGGCAAAGGAGUGAAGUCCCGCUUACAAGCAAAAGGAAAAUUGAGGAAAUGAAAGAAACAAAAAUCACUCACACUUCCCACUUAAGUUUCCUAAAUCUUCUUUCCUCUCCCGUUGGCCUACAUCAUUCCAAGCUUCCCUCUUCGUCUCCACCAUUUAUUUCGCCUCCCACUUCGCCUACAACUUCGCAUUGGCCUUCCCUCCUAGAAUAUUCCAUGCUUCUCUCUACGCCUCCCUCUUCACCUCCCUCUUCGCUUCCUUCUUCGCCGGUUAAUCCUUGGAUACAUUGGCCUUGAACACAAGCCCCUCAACAUGGAAAGAUGACCAUUUGCCCAAAGCAAUUAUGUUUCAUUAAUCUAGGCGCAGUUAUCGUGUAUAUGGUGAGUUUGUCUCCUUAAAAAUGAAAUAUUGAAUUAUUC